UGAAAUUUCUUAUCCGACUGUAUAUCGUGACAGACGCCUGCGAAUAAGGCAGUGUACUAUGUCGGUCUGAGAGCUCCUCGAGAGGAGCAAAUUGCAGUCGGAUUGAGCGAGUAAUUGUCAUUCGUUAAAUAAUCGCCGUGUAACCAUACGAACCCUUGAUAUCGUCACGUCAACGCGUUUGAGUGUUGAUUCUUAUUUCUAUCGAAGAAUUACAUAAUGUAUGUGCAUGAGUCACAGAGUGCAUAAGGGGGGGACGUAUAAACGUCAAAAUCGUGCUGUUACGAUUUUCUUGCAGUCUAGCUUGGAUCCAUACAAGGGAUUGCAAACUGUGGUUGCAAUGAGCAGGGAUCGCUAUGUUAUUUUACGGUGAAUAGAGAAAGUACCUCUGAGAAAUGGCAAUUUUCAGACUGAAAAUACUGAAGCACAGGUGCACAAUUUUAUAGUUGUGGAAGCAUCAUCAUUGUAUUUUAGUGUUCGAACCAGGUAUUUGUUGCUCGAACAAACUGGUUGUUCGUACAUUGCACUUAUUUGCAAGAAAUGCCAGCACCUCCACCUAUCACAAGUUUGCCAGAGGCACCUAUGUGUGAAAAAACAGAAGUAAGCGAUGCGGAUUCUCUGCCUCCGUGGGCCAAAAUUACCCUUACAUCCGCAGAGGCAGAAAUUGAGAAGCUGAUAUCGCGAAACGAGUUGAAGGAUGCCGAAGUAACAUAUUUUUGUCAAGUUGAACCAAUUUUGCAAGAUGGACCGCAGUGUGGUUUGGUAGCGCUUGCUAUGGCAUCCCAGGAAUACACAAAGCCAGUUUCGGUGGGUCAACUCCUAGCAGAGGCACGCGUAAGAGGUUUCACGCAACAUGGAGAAGUAUACAGUGUAGACUUCAUGGGCACGCUAGCAGCCGAAUAUUUACCUGACCAUAGACCAGAUAUUUUAGUAGAUUUGCAACAAUGUCCAGACACACUGACGCAUGCUUUAGCUCACGGAGCAAUGGUACUAAUUCCGUACGAUUCUGAUUUCAACCACGCUCCGUGCUUAAAAAGAGGCCAUAAAGCCCACUGGGCAUUACUUGUUGGUCUAAUUUCAUCCAGACAAGGAUAUCAUGUGCUAGCGCGUCAUGGAAAAUCGCGUCAUUUAGCUUGCUGGCCGCUGCGCGAUUUAAUCGAAAGUAAUGGUAAUUUGGAAGAAGAAGGGACAGCUAGACAUGCAGGGGGGUAUGUCAUACCAAAGGGAGGAGUUGGAGGCCAGAGAGGUUUACGUGGUAGAGCAUUGGCAUUACAUCCAUACAUAUAAAAUCAUGUACAACAGUUGUAGGUAAUUAAUAUCACAGUGAAAGACAGAAAUUAUUACUAUGAUAUUACUGUAUCCACAUUAUGGUAUAUGGUAAAUAUUCAAGGCGUCACAGUCGCGCAUCUGCUACAGAAUUUAAUUAUUUGUAAAAUGUGAUGCUUCAGGUACCAUCUGUUUAAACUGCCGAUGAAAAUUUAGCCAUCGUUCAAUGAAGGCUGUCGAUCUUUUUCAAAAUUUGUUAUUAGAUGUAGUAACAGGCAAUAUUUCGUUCUUUUCACUCCGAUAUGCAAUGUAAAUAAUUAUUUCGUAUGUUUCACUUACGUGCACGCGAACUGUUUGAAAAUCGUUUUUUCGUGUAUCGGUUAUUAAACUCUUCCUGUGAUGCGAUACGUGCUAACCGUACGCGUAAAUUAGUCCGAGAAAUGGGCAUGUACACGUGCAUGAAGAGAUAAACGUGAAAAAAAAAAAAUCUAAAAAUAUGUGCAUAAAUACGUAUCUAAGUGUACUAGCUAGGAGUUAUCGAAAUCGUAAUUAGCCGGAACAAAAAGAUCUAAGUAUAUUUAUUUAGCAAAAAGACCAUAAGUUUUCAAUAUAAUUGUAAAUCUUGCUUUCCGUUGGCACUAUGAAUAAAGACUAAAUCUUCUGCAAGUCUCUCAAUUGCAUUUGAGGCGAUAUAACUUAAUGUUCGAAUGCUGUAUUAAAUUAAGCACAUUGCUUUUAAGAUGCCUAGAGUGUUAAUGGUUAUAAAAAUUUUAAUGAUUACCUUAUACUAUCAUGUGGUAGCUAUGUUAGUCUUUUUACCGAAUAUAAUGUACAGGUAUAUAAAAGUAAAAAUGAUAGACGUUACUAUAUACUAUCAAAGACAUUACUAAUUUCUUUUUCUUUAUAAUACGUACUAUUACGAUAUUCUGUCGAAUGUCUUGAAAGCAAUGUGCUCUCUCGAAGAAAAAAAAAUCUUAUCAUGUAGAUUAUACCUGUUUUACAAUUUAUUUACUGAUAUAUAAAAUACGAGCAUAGUCAUCAUUGAUAUAUAUUAAAAUACGAAACUCGGAGAUACCUCAUGACUGGCUGGUCUCUCCAAUUAUGCGGUAUCUCAAGCGUUUUGUAUCGAAUCCGUCAAUAAGACGCGUAAGGCAAAUUCAAAAGAGGCGUUAUAAAUUUGUAGACUUCAUUAAUGGUUUUGGAUCGAAUAGGAGAAACCUUUAAAAAUAAACUGUACCCAAGUGCCGCAAAGUAUGAAGUUCAUUUAUUAACAAAAAGUCUCAGAAGUAUUGUACGCUGUGCCUAUGUUUACAAGCUUCUUUGAUUUAUUGUCGCGCCAUAAUUAAAAUAAUUAUACUUUAUAAGAAUAUUUAUUGGUGCACGUACGUUUUCUUUUUAACUAUUUAUAAAGAUAAUCAAAAUACAUAUUUUCUCUGUUGUAAUUCUAAAACGUAAUGUACGUAGGAAUUAUAUAAUGUCUUCUGUUACUUACCACAAUACAGUCUUUCCAUAUAAAAAAAAAAAGAAGAACAUGCACGUAGAACUAAAACGUUUUAAGUUUCAUUUUGUAUUUAUACUUCCAAUUACUAUUUUGCUGGAAAAGUUUAAAGGUUUUGUAACAGUUUUAUUGUAUUUAGUAUAUGUAUGUGUGUAUACAUAUAGUGACAUGCAAUAAUUCUGUUACACCGCCUGUGUUUUAAAGUGCAACAGUAGCUAACUGGUACGUGUACCGCGUUACGUUAUAAGAGAUCGAUAUGUGAUUAUUGUUAAUUCUUGUUUCUUUUAUGUACAUGCAUUUUACUUAUUUGUUAUCGGUUUUUAGCUUUAAACGUGGCAAAUAUAAAGAAUGUUAUAAUUUAUACAUAUGUUUGAUUAUGAUUACUUUGUACUACGUAUUCUCGAUUAGGCCAAAUAUUCUGUGCAAAUAGACUGUAUUAGGUGUGGUUGGUGCUAUGUUCUGAACUAGUGAGAGAAUUGUGCCAAUUUUAAAUCGUACAUUUUACGAUUGAAAGCUCUACAACAUGUUCCCUACUGUGAAUUUAAAAACAGCAAGAUUUAAGAGGAAGAAAAGAAAAAAAAAAAAAGUAUGUUUUCUGGAGGGACGUCGAUAUAGAUACAUUGGGAUGCAAUAGAAUUCUGAAAACUGCGUUACAUUUAUAUUUCAAGCUUACAAACAUUAACAACACAGUUCCGUUGUAUUUUUAAAUCUUAGCUUCUUCAUAUUGUUACUUUCUUCUCUAAACAUACAGUUACCACAGUCUUACUAUUUUCUAAUUAAAGUAUAUACUUGUGUCCUGAGAUGAAUUAACUAUUCGUAUUAGAGCUCUCGAUGUACCCGGUUAUCAAAAUAUAUACUAUUCACACGAAGGUAUAUAUUAUUUUUACCCAAUUACAAUACGAUUACAUUACGAUUGUUUUAUAUUUACCCUAUGUAAAAAUACAAGAAAUAUCAUUUCCGUUUUAAAUGUAUCUAGUAAAAUAGUUUUUACAGAGUAAAUAGAAGAUAAUCGUAGUGUUUAUUAUAAUCAAGUUUAAAUUAUGUGUAAUCUCACAUAAAAGUAAUAAAUCUGAACAACCGUAACAGUACUAGCCGGGUACCAAGAGCUUUAAUUCGUAUCUGUAAAUAUAAAUCUCAUAAAACAACGAUCCACGCUUCCUUAGAUCCUAUUACAUCGCGAAAGAAGAACGUUCAAAGUAAAAUCAUUUAUACUAACGAGUAUUACGAAUAUAUUUCUACGGAAUGAAAAUACAAAACUUAUUUUGCUGUCUUACGUAUUGUAUUCUGCACGACAAAAAAAACAUUGUACAACGAUACCGCGUAUAGUAUAAAACUAUUAUAUACGCCCAGGACACAAGACGUCUAUUCUAUAGAUUAAUAACAAUGAUAUCCUGUAUUCGAAUAUUAUGUUUAAUAAUAUGUAUCACAUAUAGGUAUUUCGUAUUUAUUAUAUCAACAAUAGGGGAGUUGAAUUAAAAAAGGCUAGCUAGUUCACUUAUUAGAAAUUUAUUUCCAGCGUCUUCUCUCAUUUUUUUUCUCUUUCUCUCUUUUUGCUGAAUCGCACGUUGGUUCCUGGCCGAAAAAAGAAUUAUUUAAAUUGUUUAAAUGAUGCGUCGCUCGAGCCCGUAAAAUUUAUCUUUAUGUUUCGGGAUGAUCGAUAAAAGGACCUCGUGAUAAACGCCGUCGAACAUUUCAAGCCCCGGAAACGUAGAAUGAUUAUUUUGAAAAAUUCGUUUGGCAAAAUAUAAGAUGAAUUAUACAGGUUUAUGGAAAUUUAUUGCCAUUAGCCGCGAAUUAACAUUUGUUGCGAAGCAACGAGGUCCAUAAUAUAUGUUUAUAUAUAUAUAGAAAAUCUUAUAUAGUCGGCGACGCGGAUUCGUGCCACGCGAGUAAAAGUCACUAACUGCGAUACCAACCGAGCCACAUUUUCUUCGAGCGAUACCAAAAGCUGGUGAUUUCUCCUUACGCGGCACGAAUCCAGAUCACACGGCCUACAUUAAGAUCCACGUUUCGAGGGAAAAUAUAAAUAUAUACUGUAAAUAUUUCAAGAUAUUUCGACUGUCAACAAUAUGUACUCAUCGUUGCACGUACAUAUCAAAUUAUUUUAAUAAAUUACAUAUCUCUUGUGUUUUGUUUCAUUUUUACGCGUGUCGAUGAUACAAGUUGGACCUUUAAACAGAAACACCUAAAUACUUCCAUCGUUUGUGAAUGUAUGAAGAAAAUUAGGGCAACGUAAAAUUGUUUGAAAAGGUAAAUAUACAAAUAGAAUCAAAUAUCAACACUUGUAGAAAAGCUUGUGUAUCUUCUUGAAUAAAGUAUAUACCGUUGAGUAUUCAAUUGAGAUUAAUUAAUUAAGAUUAAUUGUAAUCAUUUAAUUUAUUUUUUGAUAACUAACUUGUUGAUUUAAUUUUAAUAAUUAGCGAUUUAAUCGUAUCUGAUAGAAUAAAGCAUUUGUUCAAAACCUCGAUAAUUGUAUAUCUAAAAUGACAAGAAGAAUCGAUCCCUAAACAUUCUUUUCAAGUAUCUAUAAAUAAUAUAAAUAUUUAGGUGUUACCAUUUGAAUAGUACAUCCUGCAUAUUCACACAGCAGAUAUUUGCGAACGAAACGAGCACAUUUUAUUUUUGAUACUUUUAAGGGAAGGGGAGCAACAAAGAAAAGGAUUUCGGCUACAAAGGGUGCACCGGAAGUCCUGUUUGUUUUGGUCGUUUUUCUCGUUUGUCGUAAAUUUUCGAAGCAGGGACACACUUUUACAGCCCUUUUAAUUGAACUCUCUAAUAUUAUUGAUAACAAGUUUAAUAAUAUGUACAUUUACGGUUAGACGUCGCCGUUUGUAAAGCAGUACAAUAAAGACGUCUAAAAACUCGUGAAAAUUAAACGCCAUCUAAUAAUCCUUUAGUCGCUGUACCAAAAACACGCGUUCGAUAUAUUAAUUACUUCUUUUAAUUAUUGUAAGCUUUGAGCUUGAGCUUUGUCUGCCCACACGUGUGUUAAAACUUACUAUACACUGACGAACAAUAGCAAAUAUUUUUUUUUUUUUGUUUUUUUUCUGUUUUGUUUUGAAUACUCGUUCUGUUAAACGUGCUGACGGUCUUCGCGCUGCUUAAAGAAAUCUUAUGCACCGUGCAUCGUGGUAUUUGCGAUUGAAAUACUGUCAAGAUUCACAUUUCGUGCCCCGAGAGUAUCGAUCCAUUUUUUCUUUGUUCUUUCCAACAACGAAUCGUGAUAUACUUAGUACACGAGCGUUCGAUAAUAUUCUAGCCCGAUGUUUGAGGUUAACCUGUUCGUCACCGUGUCGAUCGAAACCUCGUUCGAAUUACAAUGCGAUCUCAUAUUUUGACUAGAAUCGAGAAUCGUUAAAUUAAGUCUAAAACGCGCAUGGAUGGGAGAAGACGAAAUUUCGCGUCGAUCGUAAACGAUAUGACAAAUAAAAGGAUGGAUACGUUUUGACGUAUUAAAAAAAAAUGUCCUUCCAAGCAUUUCAUUGACGAAAGUUUCAACCAACUAACCUAGAAUACAGUGAUGUAACCCAAAUUGAUAUAUUUCAUUGCCGAGGACCAGAAUAAAUUGGUCGGAACGUUCCACAACGAAAUGCUUGGGAUCACAUUAUUUCUGGCAAUUAUUUUAUACCAAGCAACAGUUCGAAUUGUUAAUAAGUUUCGACGAUCGACGGGACCGUGAGCACGUGUUACAGAUGUAGCUUUUUAAUACCCCUUACGUUCCUAAGGAAAGUUCUUCGUGUCGUCUUACAAAGCUUAUACGCAACUCGACGAUGGACAAGUUGACAGAUUACACCGCUAGCGUUUUUAAUCAGCGAACGGAAGAAAAAUAAAAAAACAAGAACAAAAAAGAACGGAAUAAAUGACCAAGGAACAUUACGACAUUGUAAAAUCGCUUACAGGCUAAUCGCGCUAACGUGGAAAAAGAAACCAGUUCCGUCAAGUUCAGCUCCGUUGCUGAACGUUCACGAGUCUACGAAUACUAUAGUCAUUCGCACAUUUUCGGGCGACGGCGCUUACAAAUUUGAAAAUGUGCUUCACGCGUGAAUUAUACAGAUUCGCGAUCGCGUCUUCCACUUAAGUAACACCGAAGACGACGUUCCGGUUCAUUUUCAUCGUGAUAGCAUGUUUUCUUUCUAUUUGAUUCGGACAAACAAAGCCUGAUGUGAUCAUAAGUGGGAGACGUUAUCAUCGACGUGAACGGUGACGGACAAAACAACGAUAUUGUGCAAAACCGCGAAGCAACGCGCGAACACUGUCAGAUGUUUCGUUCAAAUUGUGGGAGCAUGUAAUUACACGGUGUUCAGCCACCUCUGGGAAAAAUUUUAAUGGGGGAUUCUAGGGGCCAAAAUAAGACGAAAAUCAAGAAUAUCAAUUUGUUGAUUGAGGCUUCGUUAAAAAGAUAUUAAUGUUUAAAGUUCCGCCUGUACUUACUGACGUAUCGACAGUGUUACAGUUUUCUGAGAGCCACUGUCGCGCGUGCGCAGUUGUUCGCAGAGCGCCGUUCCACAUGCGGAACUUUAAACGUUAAUAACUUUUUAACGAAGCCUCCAUCAACUAAUUGGUAUUCUUGAUUUUCGUCUUAUUUUGGCCACUAGAAUCUCCCAUUAAAAUUUUUCCCAGAUGUGGCCGAACACACUGUAUAUUUAUAUAUACGUAUAGAAAUAUAUACAUUGUAUGGCAGGUUCGAUUACUGAAAACGAUUCAGCAUGCUCGACGAAACAGGUAAAUAUCGCAUGUGCGCUCGUAAGAACGCUCUUUGUUGGCUAUCGAUGACUCACAAAGCCCGCUAUGUUGAAACGCAAUCAAUUGACUUUCAAGGUCACUGGGAGGUCUCUCAUCCCUUCUCGCAAACCUACAGCGCACGUCGUUCGUCUUUCAAACUGACAAGGAGAGGUUUCCGAGCAUAACAACACUUUUUAACUCUUUGGGGCACGCUGGGAUUAAAAGCGUCCCGCCAUUUUGAUGCACCGUAAUGCAUGGUGAGACAUUUUCAGUCCCACCUCGAAAUAUUGCAAUAGCUGCGUGCGUAUAGGUUUAUAUUUCGUCUUAUUUACGUAAAGCAGUUGGUAAUAUCUUCAACAAACGUUACAAAUGUAUUCACUUGUGUUAGCAACAUUCAACAUUCAACAUUCAACAGGUUCAUCAAUUGUUACAAGCGGAAGGUUUAUUGCGACAACUAUUACUAUUUUUUUUUUUAUGUUUUUACAUUAUGUGAUAACCUUUAUUAAUAAAAAUAUGCCAAUUUUGUUUAAUUUAAAACGCAAAAAAAAUUUCUAUGCAACGUGGGUCUAUUUUAUUAUCUGAAAUCCUGUGCCGCAAAGAGUUAACACAUUGACUGCCAAGUCCAUUUCAAUAAAGUUUCUCCAGACGUCGUUCUAAAUCUUUUUUUGACCAAUUUGAUCAAAAUUUCUGGCAUAAGUGGGCGCCUGUCACAAAUUGAUGUUCCUUUUGUGCCCAGGUUUGAAUUUUGGUUGAAUAAUGCUCAACCACUUCAGGGACGCAAUCAUUUUAUUUGAAACGAACACAAAUUCAAACCAAUACAGACCCACAUUUGUCUAUUUGUUAUUGAGAAACUUAAUUGUGAUUUCUGGUGUAUGGUAAUAUGCAAAACAUAUAUAAUAUAUAUUUCAUAAAUUACUAUAAUAAUAUUAAUAUUUCAUUUCGUAUAAAUGAAUAAAUUUUUUUUUACACAUUUAGCAUAUAUGUUAAAAAGCCAUAGUUCUAUUUAACUAUUUAUUCACAUUUGCAGUGGUUUUUAUUAUGUUACAAUAUUUAGAAUAAUUUAGAAGCUAAAUGUACACAUAUGUGCCUGUAUCCCUGAAGAGAUUAAGUCUAUAUUAUAGCAUUUUUAUUUUAUUAUACAUAUCUUACAAUUUCCAUUUAAACUUUAUACAAUGAAUUCUAUGAAAGCUUGAAUUAUAGUUUAGUAAGACUUUAACUGUCAAGCCAUUUUCAUAAAAACUGUCCCUGCGAACAGCUUCAGAGUUUUUCGUUAUUUAUAGUUUUAAUUUGAUACUUUUAUUUUGAUCAACUUGACCAAAAGUUUUUGAACUCUGUAUAAUUUAUAUUUACAUAUAUCAUUAGUUUUAGUAUUUUUAAUCCUAUCACUGUACAAACGCUCAUUCAAAAGUGAUCAUAACACUUGGGAAGCUCUCCUUCUGAAAGGCAAGUUGACAUGACUUAAAAGUAGGUGUAAUUGACGUGAUUCACGGUGAGAGGAGUGACCUUGAGCGACCAAUCGAGUUCGAUUCAAGCCUAGCAUCAUGUACCUUAUUUUAGUUCAUUCAAGAAUUAACAGCUCUUAAAAUAUUAAAUCACAUUGGGUAUAGUUAGUCGAGUUUACAAACAGUCUAUUAUACUUUUUGCCUUCGUCGGUAAAAAUAAUCGAUAUACACAUAUUUGGAAUUUAUACAUAGUAAUUUCCAGAACCAUAUAAUACAUUAUUUUUUAUCUAAACAACUACUUUUAUUUUUAUUUCAUAAAAAACUUGCAUAAAACUUUAUCUCAUUUUAUUCAAUAAAUCUAAUAUAUUUACGAUGCAGUCGUUUGAACAGUUCACAAACAUAUUUUUAUAAGUAAUGGAAAUUUGUUUAUAAAUUUUCUAAUAUUCGAAGCAUCGCAAUAAAGAUUAUUCGAACACGAGAAUUUUUAAUAUC